AUGUCGAUGGUGCCGCACAACUACAGCGUACGCCGAAACAGCAUUUUCGGCCUACUCGAUGGAGAUGAAAAUUCAGCAAUCGUGAGUGCCCGCGUUGAUUGGAGGGAAACCUCCCAAGCCCAUGUGUUCAAGGCCGAUCUGCCAGGUUUGAGGAAGGAAGAAGUGAAAGUGGAGAUUGAAGACAACCGAAUCCUCCAGAUCAGCGGUGAGAGGCACGCAGAGACGGAGGAGAAGAACGACACUUGGCACCGCGUCGAGCGCAGCAGCGGCAAGUUUGUUCGGCGGUUCCGGCUUACGGAAAAUGCGAAGAUGGAUCAAGUCAAGGCCUCGAUGGAGCACGGGGUUCUCACCGUGACGGUCCCACAAGAGGAGGUAAAGAAGCCCGAUGUCAAGGUCACCCAGAUCUCUGGUUAA